UUCAACACGGAACGAUUAUCAGUCCAUCUGAGGAUAGCCAAGUGAAUAGAAAGUAUUAUUUUGUGCUGAGCCAUUGUGGUCGGCCUGUGGUUUAAUGUUUCAUUGAUAUACAUGCAUCUAAUCAAAAUGAUAUGAUCAACCCUGCAUACAGUAAUCUGUGUUCUGUUGUGUCCAGUGCACACUUUGAAAACAGACAUUCAUAGUUUUGACUCUGUUUAAAGUUGAUUAAAAGUAAAACAUAUCGAAAUGGCAUAAUUGAAAUGAGCUGCUUCAUACAGUUCACAACUCAAAAUAGAGUUUCUAUGUGAAGGGUCCUUUAAAAUCUUCAAUAUUUACACAUUUCCUUGAAUUCAAUUAGACAAGCUAUUGUAAUGUACUCUGGUGUACUUUCUGCUGCAUAUUUCAUUUGUUCUUCAAUAAUGUGGCACAGAAUCACUGAUUCUACCCAGAAGUUCUAAGAAGCUAAGCUGAAGCCACCACUCAGGUUGCACAAGCCAAGGGUCUCUUAGGACGCAGUUCAAUCAGUAAGCCCCAGUCUUACCCUCCUUUCUCUGCUUGUGCUGUGUAGGGUUGUCUGGUUCAGUUAGAAAGUCAAAGUGUGUGUGUGUGUGUGUGUGUGUGUGUUUGCCUCGGAGGGCGCAUGCGAACUGAGGCCCAUAGGGAAAGUCUCCCCAGAUUUCAGCCAGCUGCCCUGCUGUAAACAUUUCAGCGCUUAAGAGUGAAGGAAGAAGACGAUGGAAGGUAGAACACACGAAUCCCCAUCCAAGCUACACUCGAAUAUCAACUCUUAGCACUUUCUUAAAGGAACGAGAAGAGGCCAGUGAGGGGUGGACCUUGCUGUCGAGGCUAACAAGCUCCUUUCCAAGUGCUGCUAGCUCUUAGAUUCCUCUCUGCUUGGGAGUAGAGGGCAUGCUGCACCAGAGGGGUGUUCUCAAACAAACUAUCUGACCCUGGGGGUUAACUAAAAUCAGGCUCUAUUAGGCUCGCUGGGGAAGGGAGGGGACAGCAGUUAGCAUAAGGCUACUGUGGGGCUGCUGCACUGGUAGCACACAGCAGCAGCAGGGUAGAGGAUAGAGGGAAGAGGAGAUGGCCACAGGAGAAAUCACCACUCUACCCGCCACACCUGAAGAUGGAGGCAGUGGCGACUUCCUUCCAGGAAACUUUAAGGAGCCCAAGAGGUUGUACUGUAAAAACGGAGGCUACUUCUUGAGGAUAAACUCUAACGGAAGCGUGGACGGGAUCAGAGAUAAGAACGACCCCCACAAUAAGCUUCAACUCCAGGCGACCUCAGUGGGGGAAGUAGUAAUCAAAGGGGUCUCAGCCAACCGCUAUCUGGCCAUGAAUGCAGAUGGAAGACUGUUUGGAGCGACUAGGCAAUGGACGCACACUGGCAGACACAUUCCAGACAUGGCACCUUCACUGAUGUGGUCAAUCAUCCAGGAUCUGUUCUCACACAUUCUCUCAGGAGACGGACAACAGAUGAAUGCUACUUCAUGGAGAGGCUGGAGAGUAACAACUACAACACCUACCGCUCUCGAAAGUACCCGGAAAUGUAUGUGGCACUGAAAAGGACUGGCCAGUACAAGUCAGGAUCCAAAACUGGACCCGGCCAAAAAGCCAUUCUCUUUCUCCCCAUGUCGGCCAGACGCUGAGCUCAUCUUGUCGUACCAAUCUUAAAAUCAGCCUGGCUGCA